AAUAACGAGACAAAAAGAAAACGUACCAAUUUUAUUAGACACGGUCUGAGUGGCAGGCUCAGCGAUGAAAUUUGACUAAUUUGAAUGAUUGGAAUCGCUAGUAGCUGCUAGUAGUUUAUCGGCCUUAGGAUAGUUAGUAGCGGUGUAAUGAGGACGAGGAGUUAUCUGAUUAGUAGAUGGUGCUGUUAUCCACAAACCAGGAAAAUUUUUAUAAAUAAAUUAGAACGAGGACAGAUAAGGGUGUUUGGAUUAAUCUUUAAUUCAUCCACUUUUAUAUAUUUCUUUCUUUACAUUCUCGGAUGUGCUACUUUGUAUGUGUAGCCUUUUUAAAAGUAGUUCAUUCGUUUCUGUCAGAUACGUAAAUAGUAUGUAACUCAUACGUAAUAUAAAUUUUUAUAUAUUCGCGUAUGUAAUUUAAUAUAAUUAUUCGUGCACAAAAAAUGGAGACCAUUCGACCUUGCGGUUGUAAAGGGAUAAGGUCCUGUCUUCUCUGUGAAAGGGAAUAUAAUAUUGUGAAGCCCAAUCUUACGGAUUACUUUCAGAAAUGUUCCAGUUAUGUAUAUUGUCCGGAUUGCGAUUUGGCAUGGCCCGGUUGGGAUGCUGAUCUUUAUAAGACUCAUCCAGAUCACCAAGGAACACCUAUAGAAUUUCCUGGGGUCUACAUAAAGCUAGAUUUUUUAACUUCUUGUGAGACUGACUCAUUGGUCAGUGCACUUGAAGAAAUACCUUGGGAAACUUCCCAAAGUGGAAGGAGAAAACAGAAUUUCGGUCCGAAAUGCAAUUUCAAAAAGAAAAAGUUUCAACUGGGUUCGUUCAACGGUUUCCCAAAGUCUACUCAAUUUGUGCAGCAAAAGUUUUCUGAACUACCUAUACUCGAAGAUUAUCGCACAGUAGAACAAUGUACGUUAGAAUACGAUCCGGCACGAGGGGCAUCGAUAGAUCCGCACAUCGACGAUUGCUGGAUAUGGGGUGAAAGAAUAGUUACCGUGAAUGUCUUAGGUAACUCAGUUCUCACGAUGAGCCCCUACCUCGGACCAGAUACCAAAUACAAUUUGAAAAGCGUACCGGAAUACUCCAUAACAUUAAAGUUUGAUAUAGAAAAUAAGUACGAAGAGAACGAAAACAUAGUCGUAAGGCUGCCAAUGCCAGAAGGAUCUCUGAUGGUUCUUUACGGUAUUGCAAGGUACAAAUGGGAACAUAGCGUUUUAAGAGAAGACAUAAAGUCCAAACGAAUCUGUUUGGCAUAUCGCGAAUUAACACCACCGUAUUUAAGCAACUCGAGGAGUAACGAAGAGAUUAAAGAACUCUUGAACAGGGCUUCAAUCUUCCGAGGCAAUGCAACUGUAAUAUAGAAUUAAUUUAUUUUAA